CCAUCCCUCCAUACAUCCGAAACAACCCUUCCACAUUCAUCACUUGACAACCAUAAUGCCUCAAACCUAAAUAAUUUCCCCAUCUCCUUCGCUCUAUUGUCUCACCAAAUUUCAGCAAGAUAGCUGCGUGAUCCGAUGAACAUAUUGAAAAGUGUAAAACCUCCAUAGCCGGGAACAUCGCACACCACGGGGUAUCCGCAAUGUAUCUGUCAAGUCUCUCCCUCACUAUUGUAUCCACUGGCGUGCCCCGUUGCCAAGUAUAAAUAAGUUGUUCGGUGAAAUGCACUCUCAACUAGAACUUCGAACAAUAACUGUUUCCGCCCUUUCUCAAAUCCGAUUUUAACCCCCGAAUUGUUCAUGGUGGCUAUGGCGCCGGUCUUGCAACGCUGCCAGAAAAACAUAACUUACCUGAACAGAUUCUUUCCAUCUAAAUUUGUACAAACUAUCAAACUAAUACACACUGAAGCUUUAGUAGAUCAUCUAAAAAGAUGCUCAAAUUUUCCAGUUCUACAAUCCCUUCAAGCCUUAAUGAUCAAAUCAGAUAACAUUGGAGAUUGUUAUAUAAUGACCCAAUUCAUCAGCGCUUGUUCUUCACUCAAUCAGAUAGAAUAUGCGAAUUCAGCUUUCACCCAGAUGAAAUUUCCAAAUGUAAUCGUUUAUAAUUCAUUGAUUAGAGGUAUAAUUGACUGGGGAAGGCCAAUUCAAGCUCUAAACUUAUACAUGGAAAUGUUGAGAAAUCAAAUUUACCCAACUAGUUACACUUUAUCACCAUUGAUUAAGGCUUGUUGUCAAGCAUUUGAUUUGCAAAUUGGGGAAAGUAUUCACUCCCAGGCUUGGAAAAUGGGGUUUAAAGGUCACGUUUUUGUGUUGACUGCAUUGGUUGAUUUUUACGGGAAACUGGGCAAACUUGUUGAAGCACGAAAGGUGUUCGGUGAAAUGCCUGAAAGAGAUUCUUUCGCGUGGAGCACUAUUGUCUCGGUUCAUGCUCGAGGCGGAGACAUGGCUUCUGCUAGGCGCUUGUUUCAUGAGAUGCCUCAGAGGAAUGUUACUGCCUGGAAUACUAUGAUUGACGGGUACGCGAGGUUGGGGGAUGUUGUGGCUGCAGAAUUGUUAUUUGAUCAGAUGUCUAAAAAGGAUUUGGUUUCGUGGACUACUAUGAUCGCUUGUUAUACUCAAAACAAGGAAUACAAAAAGGCAUUAGCUGCCUUUGAUGAGAUGAUGAAGAAUGGAAUCUGCCCUGAUAAGAGGGCAUUAGCAACAGUAAUUUCAUGCUGUGCACAUCUAGGAGCUCUUGACUUAGGAAAGAAGAUUCAUUUCUAUAUCGUACGAGAGGGGAUUUCACUUGAUGUUUAUGUUGGGUCUGCAUUGGUAGACAUGUAUGCCAAGUGUGGGAAGUUAGAGAGAUCUCUAGUCGUCUUUCUCAACUUAAGGGAGAAAAACCUUUAUUGUUGGAAUUCGAUAAUUGAAGGGCUUGCGACUCAUGGGCAUGGAAAAUCAGCAAUUGCAAUGUUUGAUAAAAUGGUAGGAGAGAAUGUAAAGCCUAAUGGAGUAACUUUUAUCAGUGUUCUUAGUGGAUGCACUCACUCGGGACUAGUUGAAGAAGGCCGUAAGAUAUUCCAAAACAUGAUUAAUGAUUUUCAAAUUUGUCUAGAGAUAAAGCAUUAUGGCUGCAUGGUUGAUCUACUUUGCAAAGCUAAAUUGCUUGAAGAAGCACUUGAAUUGAUUGGAAGUAUGAAAAUUGAACCAAAUUCAGUUAUUUGGGGUGCCUUAUUAAGUGGGUCUAAGCUAUGUCAGAACUUAGAGAUUGGUGAAAUAGCCGUCAGUAAGUUAAUGGAGUUGGAGCCUGAUAAUUGUGGUUACUAUAGCCUGCUACUUAGCAUGUAUGCUGAAGCAAAAAGAUGGAAAGAGGUAAAAGAAAUCAGGUCCGUGAUGAGGGAAUUAGGCAUAGAGAAAAGAUGUCCUGGAUCUAGUUGGAUUGAAUUGGAUAAUGAAUUGCAUCAGUUUGUUGCUGCUGAUAAAUCUCAUCCUGCAUCCAGUGAGAUAUGUUUUUUGCUGAAUGAAUUGUAUGGACAGCUGAAGCCUCCAUAUAUAUCUAUCUGAAUAUGACCAAGUAUGUGAUUAAUUUGUGUGCUAUUCACUGCAAAAACAUCUUCUUGGUGGAACUGAUUGCCAUUUGCCAACCCCUUUUUAGUUGUUACUUGAAUUCAGUUUCGAGUUGAUGAAAAAUUCAAGGAAAUGCAGAAUACUCGGUUAGAGUAAGCGCACACAGCUGGUUUUGGGUCUGUAUAAAGCAGAGGGAGGAAUUCGCAUUUUUUAAAUUUAAUGCAGAAAAGUUGCAUACACCUUAUGUAGUUGAACCUUCUAAAUUCUUAUGAGGAAACUAUUUUUUGAGAAUGGAGGCCACUCAGGCCAGGCGAGUUUGCUUCAGAAAAGGUAUUUAAGCUAAAACAAAGAGAGUGGUGAUGGUUUGUUACAAAAAGGCCGACAGCUCUUGUUCAUACUUUUCUGGAUAGAUUCAUCAUUCUACUCAAACAUAUGCAUCAAAAGAAUUAUUCUACUUCAGAAUGGGAGUUUGAACCAAUAGUGUAAAAAAAGGAAAUGACACACGGACUUUCCUUGGUAGAAGUUCAUAACUACUUAUAGUUAACUACAUUGAAAGAAAAUGCUGACUUGUUAUCUUUGCCUUGUUGGUAGUAAAAACAGCAAUUGUUGUGACAAGAUUAUAUUUUGUGAUACGAGGUCA